AUGACAUCUUUUCAAGCACUAUCCAGACAGGCAAAGGCCUCCGCUAUGAAGGCCAGAGCUGCGCAUGCACCACUGCUCUCAGCAAAGCUUGAAGUGUGGACCACACUUCGUACGUCACAUCACAGCAGCGGCGGUACGACUAGGCGAAAGUCUCCGCUUGGCGUCGCGUCUGUCUGCUUCGAUGCCCUGCAGGCUGCAGCGGACGAUCGCACCGAAGACGCAUCGACUGAAGCUUCGUACCAUUGCACGGCAGCACCGGAUGAUCAAGCCAUGGAGGCGAGGAUCGGAAUAGUGCGGAGACUCAAAGACAUUUCGAGGAGAGAAGUUCUGUCCACUAGUAGAUACUUGUGGAGAAGUGCCAGAAGACCACCACCACCACUGGCAUGACAUGGCUAUUGGAAAACCAACACAGUCUAUCCUCCUGUCUCAACACCAUUCUUAAGCUUGUAGUUAGCCAUUAAUGCCUUAGAAUGGAGGUUGUUCCUCAGCGUCGAUAUAGCCACAAAUGCCUUGUGUACUGGGAUGGAGUUGAAAAAGAGGAGGAAACACAAUGAGCUUCACAGUUUCCUUGCAUAUAUCAAUUGAAUAAAAUUGGUGACGGAAGUGCGCCUUAGUGUCUGUGCA